AUGGUCCAAAUCAGCGAAGUCAAGGGCAACAAACGCGAUAACCGCACUGCGGCUCACACACACAUCAAGGGCCUGGGCUUGAAAUCCGAUGGAUAUGCUGAUACCCAAGCUGGCGGCUUUGUUGGCCAAGUCCCCGCUCGAGAAUCAUGCGGCGUCGUUGUCGAUCUGAUUCGAGCUCACAGAAUGGCCGGCCGAGGUGUUCUGUUAGCUGGUGGCCCAGGAACUGGAAAGACGGCUUUGGCUCUUGCGAUUAGCCAAGAAUUGGGAACCAAGAUUCCGUUUUGCCCAAUCGUGGGUAGCGAGAUCUAUUCGUCAGAAGUCAAGAAGACCGAAAUCCUGAUGGAGAACUUCCGAAGAGCGAUCGGCCUCAAGGUCCGGGAAACAAAAGAGGUCUAUGAGGGCGAGGUCACCGAACUGACGCCAGAGGAGGCAGAGAAUCCCUUGGGCGGCUACGGAAAGACAAUCAGCACACUGCUGAUUGGACUGAAGAGUGCCAAGGGCCAGAAAAAACUUCGAUUGGACCCCAGCAUCUACGAGGCUAUCCAGAAGGAGAGAGUCACCGUUGGUGACGUUAUCUACAUUGAGGCAAACACUGGUGCUUGCAAGAGAGUGGGACGAUCCGAUGCGUAUGCCACCGAGUUUGACCUUGAGGCCGAAGAAUACGUACCCAUCCCCAAGGGUGAGGUACACAAGAAGAAGGAGAUUGUGCAGGAUGUCACAUUGCAUGACCUUGACGUUGCAAACGCUCGGCCGCAGGGUGGACAGGACAUUAUGAGCAUGAUGGGUCAACUGUUAAAGCCCAAGAUGACAGAAAUCACGGACAAACUGCGUGCCGAGAUCAACAAGGUGGUUGGAAAAUACAUUGACCAGGGCGUGGCUGAAUUGGUCCCAGGUGUUUUGUUCAUCGACGAGGCUCACAUGCUUGAUGUGGAGUGCUUCACCUACCUGAACCGAGCACUGGAAUCGCAUCUCGCCCCCAUUGUCGUUCUGGCCUCGAACCGGGGAAUGUGCACAAUAAGAGGCACUGACGACGUUGUUGCGGCUCAUGGCAUUCCUCCCGACUUUUUAGCGCGAAUGCUCAUCAUACCCACGUCCCCGUACUCUGCGGAUGAGAUCAAAAAGAUUGUUAAACUGCGUGCCACGACCGAGGGUGUCUCGAUUACCGACGCUGCCAUUGACAAAAUUGCCGAGCACGGUGUCCGCGUUAGCUUAAGAUACUGCCUACAGCUGCUAACGCCUUCAAGCAUUCUUGCCAAGGCGAAUGGCCGUACUCAGAUCGACGUCCAGGACGUGUCCGAAUGUGAGGACCUCUUCCUAGACGCCCGCCGUAGCGCUGCACUAUUGGCCAGUGAGGGGGGGAGAGGCUAUCUGUAA